AUGACAGGGGAGUUCAUAAAAUCCUCUCUUAUCCUGGCUUUUAUCGCGCACAAUACAUUCGCUCAAGAUGGUCAACCUUGCUACACCUCUACCGGUGCUUCAGGCAUAUGCAUGAGCAUCGGAUCGUGUCCCGCCGCCUACCAGCUGAAUAUAAAUCCUUUUGGCUUUUUCGGUGCGGCUCCACGAGGGUGUCAAAAUUUCCUAGGUUUUGGCAGUGUUUGCUGUUCGAUCGCAGCCUCCAAUCCGGCCGGAUCCAACUACCCAUUCCAAUCCAACGUCAUAUCGACGACUUCAACUACGGCAAGAACUUAUGAAAAUUACCCUAGCACUACGCCUGCUCCGCCUAAGUACACAACGACAACGACGAAGCCUCGUGUUGGUUUGGAGUGUGUUAGGUCCGAUGGAACGUUAGGACCAUGUGUGUCUGAUACGACGGUAUGUAUUGCGAGCUGCACGAGACGUUCGACAACAAUUCGUACCACAACGCCUGUGGUACUGCAAAAGGGUGUUUUAAAUAGUCCAUCGUUCGAUACACCGGUCGUUCUGCCUACCCCAGAGCAGGGUUGUGGUGUUAGUGACGUUGAACAUAAUCGGGUUGUCGGUGGAGUACCGGCCGCUCUUAACGGUUGGCCUUGGAUGGCUUUGGUGGGAUACGAGGAAGCUUUCGGAGAUGUGGACUUCCGAUGUGGUGGUUCUCUCAUCACGGAUCGCCAUGUUCUUACGGCGGCUCAUUGCAUAUUACCAUCUUUAUCCGUUGUGCGCUUGGGAGAACAUGAUAUGGACAAUCAAACAGAGUCGGCACACGUGGAUGUACCGGUGUAUAAGUACGUUUCGCAUCCGUCUUAUGAUACAUUUGAUGGCCAUUCAGAUCUGGCAAUAUUGUACUUAUCAGAAUUGGUGAAAUUCAAUGCUCAAAUCAAACCUAUCUGUCUUCCAACGAGCGACCCGGUACGAAGUGCAGAUUUUACCGGAUACAACCCAUUCAUUGCCGGGUGGGGUCGCACCAAGGAAACGGGUUUCGAAGCGAAAGUGCUGCAGGAACUACAGAUCCCCAUACUUGAAAAUGAAGAGUGCAGCCAGUUGUACAAGAAAAUAAGGAAGCUAUUUUCAAAAAAACAGUUUAACGAUGCUGUACUCUGUGCCGGAUUUCUCGAGGGUGGUAAGGACUCGUGCCAGGGCGAUAGUGGUGGCCCAUUAAUGUUGCCUUACCUCAUCAACAAGAAGUUCCACUACUUCCAAAUCGGCAUAGUAUCGUACGGUGUGGGAUGUGCGCGUGCCGAAUUACCCGGUGUGUACACGAGAGUGGCCACAUUUGUCGAUUGGAUAGUGGAACAGAUCGGGAUAGCCUGAGA